GGCCGUCUCUCCGGGUGAAAGCCGUCUUCACCGCCGCCACUGGCCCGACACGAACGCUGCUGCAGAGCCAGUCCGCACCGACUCGACGCUGAGCUAACACAUAGGAGAGCGCUCGGACACACAAGAAGAGCAGACUUUUACUGUUUCGACCUGAAGGUUUUGAUUUGCAUAUCCRCUUCCACUCCUUCCUCAUUUGCAUACAGCGAGAAUGGCGAGCGGGCAUCCCACAGACAAAUUCAGUUUCAUGUAUCAACCAGACACGCACAAGAGUAAAAACAGAUUAACUUCAGCCAUGAAUCCAGUCUACAGCCCUGUUCAGCCAGGUACUCCAUAUGGAAACCCUAAGAACAUGGCCUUUACAGGCUAUCCAGGAGCUUAUCCUGCCACAGCUCCCACCUACACUCCCAACCUCUACCAAACAGGCAGUCCUGGAUAUCCACCAGGAUAUACCCCAGCAGGAACCCCAUACAAAGUGCCCCCCACUCAGUCGAAUGGAGCACCUCCUCCCUAUACCCCUACUCCCACCCCGUACCCCACAGCUAUGUACCCCAUCCGCAGUGCCUACCCUCAGCAGAACAUCUACGCACAGGGAGCAUAUUACACCCAACCAGUGUACGCAGCUCAGCCACACGUGAUCCAUCACACCACUGUGGUGCAGCCCAACAGCAUCCCCUCCACAGCCCUCUACCCCGCCCCCGUCCCCGUCCCCGCACCUCGCAACAACGGCAUGCCUGCCAUGGGGAUGGUAGCCGGGACCACCAUGGCCAUGAGCGCAGGGACCCUGCUGACAACACCCCAGCACCCCCCGAUUGGAGCACACCCAGUUACUGUGCCAACCUACAGGCCCCAGGGGACACCUGGUUACAGCUACGUACCACCUCACUGGUAGAGCCCACCCAUCAUAUCUGGAGUCCACCAUCGUAUGCAACUCGCUCAAAUAUUACACGAGCUCCCAGCGGUAACCAUGAGAACUCGGCACCUGUCUGCAAGAACAAAACUAAAGUGCAACCGCCACUUUACUAUUAUUGUUAUUAAGCAACAUUCUCUAAUGUUUUUA